ACCGUACAACUGCCACCUUCUACCUCGUCCCGCCAGCCGAUUCCCGGAAGCUACCAUGGUCUACAAUUGGGAUGCCCAUAGAGAGAUAUGCCGCCGCUUAUUUGUUGAAGAGAAGAAGUCGCUAGAUGAGGUUGUUGAGUAUAUGCGAGAGCACUAUGACUUUACUCCGAGUCGACGCUCCUUUCAGGCAACCUUUUCCAGAUGGGGCUUUACCCACAGAGGGCCUCCAGUGUACACGAACGAGGAGCUUGUCGCCCGCGUGCGAGAAUUAUGGGAGCGGAAUCUGACCCAGAAGGAGAUGCUUCGCGUCCUCGCAGAGGAAGGCUAUGAUAUCAACGACCGGAACCUAGCGCGACUUCGGACCAAGCAUGGACUGCUCCUUCGGGUCCCGGUGCUACCGUUGCGCGGUCAAAGCGCAGACCGUGGUGACAGUAUUGACGCGGAAGACCACCAGGACGACGGAGAACACGGCGAUCAGAGCGAGAGAGGACAAGAAGACAUCGACGGCACAUCUGACGGCCACGGGAUGAGUGGAUUUUCACCUGCCGAUGCACAGGUCCAAAACGAGACUUUUGAGGCCUUUCGUCAGGCCUACAGGGAGGAGAGGAAACGGCGCCUAGAAGCUGAGUACUACGAGAGAUGGGCCGCAAAGAAGCGACGUCGGCAUACGAAACCCUAUGCUGGCCUGCCCGCUGAUCCCCCCGGGCCGCCUCGUUUCCCAUCCGAGACGACUCUUGCGGAAGCCAAGGAGAUUCUACAACUGGACGCAGCUGCCUACCGGACGGUCAGAGAUAAGUUUUACGCCAUUUGUGAAAAUGCAGGCGUUGUUAAAAAGACGCUUGCCGGGCCUGAAAAGUGGGAGGCGCUCAAGGACCAGCUGGUCCGUGAGAGCAUGCAUCUUCGCGCCGCCAUGUGGGAUCCCACCGACAUGGAGCAAAAGAAGCUUGCCAUCGAUAUCAUUGCUUGCGACGUGACCAAAAGAAUCAGAACGGCAAAUAGUGCUAUAUCUCUCCCCGAAGCCAAGACCAUCCUCGGUCUGAACCCAGAACAAGCGAGAGAGCUCCGCGAGGCCUUCUGCGACAUCUUGGCCAAAGAAAAGUUCACGGCCAAGCUCGAAGAAGGCCUGGAGUACUUCGAGGCGCUCAAGCAGAAAUGGAUCGCUGAAUCGGAACUGCUCAGCCGUGUGGUGGCGUCCGAGCAUACUGACCCGGAUUACCGUCGCAAGAUGAAGGCCAUCAAUGUGAUAUGCCGUAAUGCAUCGAAUAGAUACCGAGAUGAGAAGAUCCGCCUAAGCAAACCGCAACCGGAUCCGAAGCCGGUCAGACAGAGAGUGCCGAAGCCCAAGAAAGCAACAAAUCCAGCUCGGAAGCCACCUACACAGGCCGUCACGAGCCCGGCGAGGUCGAGAUCAUCAGCUGCAGCAGUGACGCCGGCGCAGGAAGUUGCGCAGGCAUCCGCACAAGCAUCUGCACAGGCACCCGCACAGGGGACUCCUGGGGAUGCUCCCGUGGAAACUCCUGCCGAGACGCCGGCACCAGCGCCUCAGCCCCGGAAGCGGGGACGGCCAAAAGGCAGCAAAACCAAGAAGGCACUCCCGCUGACGGAAGCUCGUCUGGUAUUGGCAGACGCGCCAGAAUCUCUGGCUGGCCAGGAAUCGAUGGGCGCUCAACGUGGUGACAACACGCUCCUUGCAUCCCAGGUACAUGACUCCUUUCUGGAUGGGCCAUAUGAGCAGGGCUAUGAUGUUGCAGCGCAGCAAUCCAAGCCCGGCCAGCAGGCGGCACCGUCCGGCGCCAUCGCCGUCUUCUUCCGGCUGCGUCCCGAAUCGGCUGCCAUGUUUCCGGGCAUUCCUACGCAGUGGAUAUGCCCGCUCAGCUCGCCGAGCAUCGCUGAGGUGCGGGCGGCCGCCGUCGAGAAGGCACCAGGUGCCGUGUGCCUGGGGGUCGAGGGCAUUAUCAAAGAUGGCAAAGGGGGCGAGCUGCCGCUGCCAGUGAGUGACGAGGCAGAGCUGGUCACUUACCUGCAGCAUGUCCAGGGCUAUGGGGCGCCAACGUUUAAUGUCCAUAUUGCGCCUCGCGGGCCUAGACAAUGGGAGUAGCAUGCUUUGGCCUGAACUGUGUCCGGCCGGGUAGCGGGAGUUGAUGGAAUGUGCUGUAUUGUCUACUUGGAGAAGAUGCCCUUGUUGUGGUAAUGCAGAUAAAAUAAUACUGUGCAUUCAACGCCAAAACCAUGUACUAAUGCCAUGCCU